CAAUCGGCGACCGAGUCGUGCUCGGCAACUCGCUCGCCCACGCGUCCUCAUCGAUCGUGGCUCGCUUGGGCUUGACUUCGGCGCGCAGGAUGGCCACUGAGAGUCAUCCAUGGAAGCACGCCCAGACUCAUCUGGGCGGUCGCUGCUGUGAAUGGUCGCUCUCUGCAGCCUGCGCGCCGAGAGUCUUCCGUGAGCAAGCUCGGCCGUGUGGGCAUCGGGUGGCACGGCAAGGUUCUGCAGUACGUCCGCCUGCGUGUGGACGUCGACAGUGCCCGCGUCUGGGGCAGUUUCUAUACCGCUGCCGCUCUCGAAUCGCGAGAGCGCGCUCCGGGAUAGGUUGUGGACCCACACGUCGGAUCUGCUCCAGACUCCAUAUCACAGAUGGACGAGGACCACAGCGAGGACACAUCGACCGUCCGACCGGCACGCUCGACGGCCGCGCGCACGACGCGGAGGCGAGCGAGAUCCUCCCGUCGGCGGGCAGCUCGCAAGCUGCUCACCGGCACGAAGUUCUCGCUUGUGUCGCCUGUGCGCGUCACCUGCGAGCAUGACCGUGCGCCGUACUUGAGCAUCGUCAUUCGCUCAUCAUCGAGAACGGCACGACUGCUCCGCGUCGCUCCAGCGCCGCUGUGAGGCUGCUCCUUGUCGCAGAAGGUGGACCUCGGCUCAACAGAGGCCGUCCUGCAUCUCGCGGUGCAGGACGGCGUCGGUUGUGGUCGUAGUCGUAAUCUGCACAUGCAAGCGGCCAGCAAG